UGAAGUCGUCGUAGAGAUAUAGAAGUCAUUGAAUGCCUGUUCUGAGUCAAAUUGAACAUAUCAACAAUUUUCAAGCGCUCCACAACUGUAACGACCCGCCUUAAGCUUCAACCUUCCCCGCCAAAGCUUGGAACGAAGCUCCGAAUAUCAACACCAAACCCACCAGACAAUAGUAGGGCCAAAUGGCAGAGAAUCUGAGGAUAGCAAUCAUUGGCGCAGGCAUGGGCGGCCUUGCCACAGCCCUCUCCCUUGCAAAAGCCGGCCACAAGAACAUUACAGUCUACGAGCACGCCUCAACCCUCGGCUUCGUAGGCGCAGGCAUUCAGCUGGCACCCAACAUGGCCACCAUCCUCGACAACUUGGGUGUCUGGAAACAAAUCGCCGCCGAAGCCGUCCAAUGCGCAAACACAUCCAUCCGCGAAGGCGCCUCUGACAAAGAACUCGGCUACGUCGACCUAGGCUAUGUCAAGGAGAAGUACGGAUACCCACACAUGGUCGGCCACCGCGCAUCGCUCGCAGGCGGACUAUACGAAGGCUGCCAGAAAGAGAGCGGUGUUACAUUCAAGUUCAGCAACACCAUCACAGACGCCCGUUUCGGCGCAAAACCCACUUUCAAGGUCACAAACAACAAAACCGGCGAGACAGAGUCCGUAGAAUGCGACAUCCUGCUCGGCUGCGACGGCGUCAAGAGCAACACACGCGUCGCCAUGUUGAAAGAGCUCGGCGAGACAGCGACGGUCAAGGACUCAGGCCAGGCAGCGUACCGUAUCAUGCUGACGCGCGAGCAAAUGUCGCCCUACCCCGAGCUUCUCAAGCUCAUUGACAGCGACACGGUGACGCGCUGGAUUGGCGAGAAGAAACACAUCAUCGCCUACUCGAUUCACAAGAAGCAAAUUUACAACCUGUCCACUGCACAGCCAGACGUUAACUUUGCUGGUGCGCCGGAUGCGCAGUACACGACGAAGGGUAGCAAGAGCGCGAUGUUGGAUGUAUACAAGGAUUUCUGCCCGAUGAUUCAGGACAUGCUGAAUCUGGUACCAGAGGGCGAGGUUGUGGAGUGGAAGUUGAGAGUCCACGAUCCGCUCCCGACGUGGGUUAGUGGUAGUAUGGCGCUGGUAGGUGAUGCGUGCCAUCCUACGCUGCCGCACAUGGCGCAAGGUGCGGCGCAGGCGAUUGAAGACGGUGCUGUGCUUGGUGUUGUGCUUGCACCCUCAAGGCUUGGGGAAGCAAGCCCAGAGACCAUCAACAAGGCGCUGAAGUUGUAUGAGAAGCUGAGGAAGCCAAGGGCAGAGGCACUUGUCGAGCUCGCUGCCGAGAGCGGGCGGAACAUGCAUCUUGGUGCUGGUAAAGCGAAGGAGGAGCGAGACAAGCAGUUUGCCGCACUCAAGUUGGGGGGUGGCAAGGUUCCCGACAAGUGGGCGGAUGCAGAUGUCCAGGCCAUGGUCUACGGGACUAAUGUGGUCAAGCAGGCUGAAGUGCUGUGUCAGGAGGAAGGCCUAGUGGCGAAGCUAUAAGCGAUCUGUUGACAGAGGGUUGGAGUUGUAUAUAUCAUAU